UCUGCCUCGCGCUGCAGGAGGACGGCAGGAUGGCGGGAGGACGGCGGGGUCUCGUGGCCCCUCAGAACACUUUCCUGGAGAACAUCGUCCGCCGGUCCAACGAUACCAACUUCGUCCUGGGGAACGCUCAGAUCGUGGACUGGCCCAUCGUCUACAGCAACGAUGGGUUCUGCAAACUCUCCGGAUACCAUCGAGCCGAGGUCAUGCAGAAGAGCAGCACCUGCAGCUUCAUGUAUGGAGAGCUGACGGACAAAGAGACCAGCGAGAAGGUUCGCCAGACCUUCGAGAACUACGAGAUGAACUCCUUUGAGAUCCUGAUGUACAAGAAGAACAGGAUGCCAGUUUGGUUCUUCGUGAAAAUUGCACCGAUCAGGAACGAGCAGGACAAAGUCGUCCUCUUUCUCUGCACCUUCAGUGACAUCACGGCCUUCAAGCAGCCAAUCGAGGACGACUCUUCCAAAGGUUGGGGUAAAUUUGCCCGUCUGACUCGGGCGUUGACAAGCAGUCGAGGAGUUCUUCAGCAGCUCGCUCCGGCUGUGCAGAAAGGAGAAAACGUCCACAAACACUCUCGACUAGCAGAGGUCCUUCAGCUGGGCUCCGACAUCCUUCCUCAGUACAAACAGGAGACGCCGAAGACGCCGCCUCACAUCAUCUUGCACUACUGUCUCUUUAAGACCACAUGGGACUGGGUCAUCCUCAUCCUGACCUUCUACACUGCCAUCAUGGUUCCCUACAACGUCUCCUUUAAGACCAAGCAGAACAACGUCACCUGGCUGGUGGUGGACAGCAUCGUGGACGUCAUCUUCCUCGUCGACAUCGUCCUCAACUUCCACACCACCUUCGUCGGCCCGGCGGGCGAGGUCAUCUCCGACCCCAAACUCAUCCGCAUGAACUACGUCAAGACCUGGUUCGUCAUCGACCUGCUGUCCUGCCUGCCGUAUGAUGUCAUCAACGCCUUCGAGAACGUGGACGAGGGCAUCAGCAGCCUCUUCAGCUCACUCAAAGUGGUCCGUCUGCUGCGUCUGGGUCGGGUCGCCAGGAAGCUGGACCACUACAUUGAGUACGGGGCGGCGGUGCUGGUCUUACUGGUGUGCGUGUUCGGCUUGGCGGCUCACUGGCUGGCUUGCAUCUGGUACAGCAUCGGGGACUACGAGGUGAUCGACGAGGACACCAACAGCGUACGCAUGGACAGCUGGCUGUUCCUGCUCGGUGAGACCGUGGGGACGCCAUACAGGUUCAAUGCCACUGGCUCGGGACGCUGGGAGGGUGGGCCCAGCAAGGACUCUGUCUACAUCACGUCGCUGUACUUCACCAUGACCAGUCUGACCUCCAUCGGCUUUGGGAACAUCGCGCCCAACACGGACGGCGAGAAGAUCUUUGCUGUGGCCAUGAUGAUGAUUGGAUCGCUGCUCUACGCCACCAUCUUCGGUAAUGUCACCACCAUCUUCCAGCAGAUGUACGCCAACACCAACCGCUACCAUGAGAUGCUCAACAGCGUCAGAGACUUCCUCAAACUCUACCAGGUCCCUAAAGGUCUGAGCGAGCGCGUCAUGGACUACAUCGUGUCCACCUGGUCCAUGUCCAGAGGCAUCGACACCGACAAGGUGCUGCAGAUUUGUCCAAAGGACAUGCGUGCAGACAUCUGCGUCCACCUGAACAGGAAGGUCUUUAAGGAGCACCCGGCGUUCAGACUGGCCAGUGACGGCUGCCUGCGAGCGCUCGCCAUGGAGUUCCAGACGGUCCACAGCGCGCCGGGGGACCUCAUCUUCCACGCCGGAGAGAGCGUGGACAGCCUCUGCUUUGUGGUGUCGGGGUCGCUGGAGGUCAUCCAGGACGACGAGGUGGUGGCCAUUCUAGGUAAAGGUGAUGUGUUCGGUGACGUGUUCUGGAAGGAGAUGACGCUGGCUCAGUCGUGUGCUAAUGUUCGAGCGCUGACAUACUGCGACCUCCACAUCAUCAAACGAGACGAGCUACAGAAGGUUCUAGAGUUCUACUCAGCCUUCGCGAACCACUUCGCCCGAAACCUGUUGCUGACCUACAACCUGAGGAAAAGGAUCGUCUUCAGGAAGAUCAGUGAUGUGAAGCGUGAGGAGGAGGAGAUGCUGAAGAGGAAGAACGAGGCUCCUCUGAACCUCCCUCCGGAUCACCCGGUCAGACGACUCUUCCAGCGUUUCCGGCAGCAGAGGGAGGCUCGCCUCGCCUCCGAGCGUGUCGCUCAGGUUGGCGGUGACGUGGAGAAAGGUGUCGUUCACCUGGAGCAGGCCAGAAGCCCGGAGGUCCUGGCCUCCACCAGUAUCGUUAUGGUAACAGAGAGUCCAGCCACGCCCCCUACCUCCACAUCUACUGCUUCCUCUUCUACCAGGACGUCCAGCAGGGUCAUGCUGCACGCUCCCGCCACGCAAAACGGAAACCUGGUUGGCUGCAAAUCAGCAGAACCCCCGAAAGCUAAAGGCUGGGGUCGCUUUAAGGAAUCGGUCGUGAAGGCCGAGUCCUGGAGCAGCGUCUCCAAGGCCGAGUCCAUGGAGACGCUCCCCGAUAGGACUAAAUCUCAGGACGAGAUGUCCCUCAAGAAAACGGACUCCUGUGACAGCGGAAUCACAAAAAGCGACCUCCGUCUGGACAAUGUGGGCGGGGCUAGAACGCCACAGGAGCAAAGCCCGGUCCAGUCCGAGGAGAAGAGGGUCUUCUGUCCGAUUCCAGAGCAGAGCCUGCAAGCGUCUUUCCUGGAGCUGAAACAAGAGCUGAGAGGAGACAUCAGGUCUCUGAACAGCCGUAUGGAAGCGCUGGAGGCUCAGCUGGCUGAGAUGCUGCGGCUUCUCAAGUCCAGGAAGUCUUCUGGAUCGUUCUUUGAGAUCUCCAGGCCCCCCUCUCCGGACUCUGAUAAGGACAGCUUCUCCUAAACUGGAAACACGGGGAGAAGAGCUGGACUCGUUCAGAUUUCUAGUGUCAGAGAGGAGCUUCUGACCGCAGUGUGGUCCAGGACGAUAUCAUAGCUAAAGCACUUUGACUACGUAGCAUCAGUCCAGGAGACCGAUGUGAAUCUAAAUGAGAGGGCUGAUUUUUACUCUGACCAGAGACUACAGAGCAAAACAUGGCAGUCACUGAGGCACCUUUGGUCCUCCUGAAGGUUUGGAGCCUUCAGACCUUCGUAUGAUAUCGGCAAUAAUCAAAGAUGGCUUUAACGUCGCUGUUCUUACAGGACUCUGGCACUGUGAUGACAGGAAGUGUGUUAGGAUUUGAUUUGGUGGGUUUGCUUGGUCCAGUCAUUAGUGUAUGCACUGGUUUAGAAGAGCCAGGGUUGUUUAUGGAGUCCAUGAAGGUUCUCAGUAAUUCCAGAGUUCCGAUAGGAGUCAGAGACGAUCCCGUUGAUGAUGCUAGUCUGUGUGAUUGGGGAAAUAACGACCAAGUUUGAUGGUUUUGGUGUAAGAGUCUAACUCACCAGACUUCAGUGCUCUUUACUCCAAGAACCUGGAUUAGGGAUUCAUGCAGACUAACCACUGUGGUUCCAGACUUUAGGAGAAGUCUGAUGUUGGGGAUUGGUAGCAUUUUUAUAUCUGGUAUGAAUAGAGAAGAUGAAAUGCAGUGAGGUAAAAAUGAGGCGCCAAAUGUGUCCGAUGUUGAUGUUUCGUUCCAGCCAGACGACGGGUUAAGACACAAUUAUGUUCCCGAAAUGAUACAAGCAAAUCUGCAAGUUUGAACAAAACAAUAGUCUAUUCUCAUUUACAAAGCUGCAAGAAAGUAUUUCCCCUUCCUGAUUUCUUUUUUUUUUUUUUUUUUUGGCUUAUUCUCAUGCUUAAAUGUUCCAGAUCAUCAAACUAGUUUAAUUUUAGAAGGUGAUACUCAAUGCGUGGCUCUUUUAUUAUUUUUUGUUUCAAUCACUAUUCCCCCAGAAAACCUUAAAAAAGGGAAACUUUGACCUGACCUGACUCAGUCUGUUUCCAGCACUUACACAGCUAAUUGUCAACCUUUUUUGUCUGUAUAUUUCUAUUGCUAAUGCAAUUUCUAAUGCAAUUUUUGUUCACCUUUUUUCCCCACUUUUAAUCCAUUUUUUUAACUUCUUUUUUUUGCCAUUUUUCCCCCAUUUAUGCUGCUCUUUGUCAUUAAAUGCCUCUUUUUCUCAUUUCUGCAACUUUUCUGCUUUGUACCCAUUUAAGUCACUUUGUCUUAAUUUUUGCUUCGUUUUGCCGCUUUUUGAUCAUUUUUGCCACCUAUAACAAAUUCACUGCACCACCCAUUUUUUCCACCUUUUCUCUCAAUUUUUUCCUCUGUUCACAAGUGUUAAUUUCGGCGACUAAAACUAUGACUAAAACCUUUUUUUCCAUGACAAGAACUAGGCUAAAACUAACAAAAAUAGAUCUGUGAUGACUAAAACUAGA